AUGAUUGCUCUCUCUCCAGAGAAUCAAACCACUUUUGACAAGGCUUCUCAUAUCUCAUUUGAUGAGCUUAUUACUCCUGUACUUGAAUAUAGCUUCUCAACACUGAAGAUCGAGAAGAUCAUAUCACCAGCUCCUGUGAAAAGCUUCAAAGAAGCCAAGAGCCGACCAGAACUCUGGGAUGCUUGGAAACCUGCUUUCAACGCACAGAUCGACAGUCUCAAGACUCGCAAGGCUUUUGACCUGGUAUACCUCCCUUCUGGUCAACGAGCAUUACCAGUCAAAUGGGUUCCUGAUCAGAAAUUUGCCCCAAACGGAGACUUUCUUCGAAACAGAGCCCGUCUGGUUGUAUGUGGCAAUUUUGAAGAAGGCCACAACUGGGCAGUUCACGAGCUCUAUGCUGCAGUUGCCAGCUCAAUGUCAGUCAAAGUGUUCUUCACACUUGUUGCUGUACAAGGUCUUCACUGUUCUCAACAUGAUAUCGUCACGGCAUUUCUACAUGCUCCGAUCCCACAGGGCGUGCAUAUCUACUGCCGUCAACCACCUGAUUAUUCCGACGGCACUGAACGUGUUUGGAAACUCAACCAAGCUCUCUACGGACAUCGAAAAUCAUCCGUCUGGUGGUUUGAAGAACUAUCCAGCAAGCUGAAAACCAUCGGCUUUGAACCGUUCCAUACAGAUCUCUGCAUAUUCAAGCACGAGAAACUGGUCAUCCUCUUGAUCGUACACGUUGAUGACAUUCUGAUCGCAGCCAAGGCUAAGGCUGAUUGCGAUCUGGUCGUUCACCAACUUGAAAGAUUCUUUGACCUUAAGAAUCUCGGCGAGGUUUCAGAAUUCCUUGGCUAUCGUGUCAUACGCAAUCUCAACCACAACCAGAUCUUCUUGUGCCAAGAAAAGUACUGUAAGAAGAUUCUCUCGAAAUAUGCUGAUCCUGACGUUAAGCCUGUCACUACUCCUUGGCUCCUCAAAGCCAAGAUCCCUUCCAAGUGGGAACCUAUCUUUGACCUCAAGAAGAAGAAGUAUCUCAAACACACAAGUUCUAAAAACUACCUCUCAUCUAUCUGGUACUAG